GCGCGAGAAAAUGGAACGUUUUAGUUAGCUAGCUGGCUAACGAUAUCGAGAAUAUGCUGUUAAAUUUAAACGCCCGACUGAAAUGUGUGACAAUAAAUAGCUUCUUUAACGUUUGGUUAGAGAUUGAAAUUGGCGACUUGGCUUUUUAGUGGACUAUAAACAAACUAUACAUUUAGAAACUGAGCUAACGGUGUUGUGUUUGUGUUCGCCUUGCAGUAACGUUAAAUUAAACAGUUCACUUCUACUCCGUUUCUUUCUUCUUUUGGUAUCUAACUAACUAACUCGUUAAGUGUCUUGUUGGCUGUUGCUCUGAAAUUGCGUGCUAGCUAAAUGUCUAAAACAGCACCUUUGAAGCAGAUGGUAAUGACCACUGUUGUCAUUGAUGCUGGCCACAGAAUUGACAUCCUGUGACUCUUUUCGCUGCAGUCUGCAAUAGUGCAAUAUAUUACAGAGUGCACAGGAAAUAUGCUCGUUAUGUGACUUGAUCAGAUUACCCGUAACGUUUUACUGCCUGCAUAACUCAAGCCCAAAGUAGAUGACUGUGUCCAGGUCUACAAGAUACUCUUCAAUUUAAACAGACAAGUAUUUUACAAGGUACUUGGCUGUUUGUGUAACUCCACUGCCAAGAUUUUGGACCAAUUUGGACACAAACAAGCAAGAUGCCUCCAGCCACAGACUGGAAACUAGUGAUGAGUGUGGACCCUGACGUUCUGGGAAGCGAAGAGGAGCAGAAGAUCUGUGACAUUAUUUUGAAGAUCCAUCCACGAGAGCUGAAGGAGGGCGAGCCAGAGAAAAUAAUCCAGCUGUUCAGAAUCUCACAGACUUUACUGAGGCUGAAGUUGGAAGAAAUAAGCUGUGCCUACGAUGUCGUCGACAAAGCUGGCACCGAGCAAGCAAGAAUUGAAACCGAACUCAAUGCAAAGAUAUAUAAAUUGGAAAAUGAGCUGGAGAUGGCACAGCGCUCAACGGGGGGGCGGGACACACGCUUCCUCCGGGACGAAAUCCGCCAACUGGAGAGUCACUUGGAGCGCAAGGAGAAGGAGCUGGUCCAGCUGGAGAAGGAAAUGAGUAAAGAGAGGAAAACCAACGAGGAGCUGUCACAUCGAGCAGAGGAGGCUGAAGAUGAGAACAGAAAGCUAAAAAGAGAGAUAAAGCAGCUUAAGAAGAAGAAUGAACAGCUCCAUCAGGAUGUGGAGUUCUACAGGAAAGAGCUGGAGCAGAAGGACUCCCUCCAGACCAGAGAGGAGAGCACUGAGACUCAAAGGAGGCUCAACAAAGCCAACCAGCAGCUCUACCAGUGCAUGGAAGACCUGCAGCAUGCUGAGGACAUGGCUGCCAACCUGAAGAGUGAAAACGAGCACUUGCAGAAAAAUCUGGAGGAGUCGGUGAAGGAGAUGGAAAAGAUGACAGAUGAAUACAACAAAAUGAAGGUUGUGGUCCAGCAGACCGACAGCAUAAUGGACCAGCUGAGGAAAGAGAGAGACCAAGCCAAGCUCCAGGUGAGAGAGCUAACAGAGCAGAUCCAGGCUCGGGCUGAGGAGGAUGAUCCAGUGAUGGCUGCAGUCAGUGCUAAAGUCGAGGAGUGGAAGAGUGUAUUAUCAGGAAAAGAUGCGGAAAUCGUGGAGUACCAGCAGAUGAUUCGGGACCUGAGAGAAAGGCUAAGAUCUGCCCAUAUGGAUUCAGACAAAAGCAACAUCAUCGCAUUGCAGCAGGCUGUGCAAGAGAGAGACCAUCAGAUCAAGCUGCUGUCUGAACGAGUGGAGCAGUACACUGGCGAGAUGGAGAAAAAUGCCUUGCUUAUAGAGGAGCUCAAGAAGCCACUGAAGAAAGAAAAAGGGCUGGGUUCUACUCUGCAGCAGAGGAAGAUAGAGGAGCUAAACGCCAGGCUACAGGCAGCAGAGCGAAAGGCACAGCAAGCUGAACGUGCUGCACACCUGGCUGAGGCUGACGCCCGUGACAAAGACAAGGAGCUGAGCGAGAGCCUCAGUCGCAUCCGCCUCUACGAGUCUGGCACUGAUGGACUGGAAGCUGCCAUAGCUGAAAUCAAAGAGGUCAAAACCCAGGUCAGGAUCCGGGACCGGGAAAUAGAAGGCAUGACUAAGGAAAUAAACCAACUGGAACUGAAAAUCAAUGACCUUCUGGAUGAGAACGAAGAGCUGAGAGAGCGCCUAGGAUUAAAUCCAAAAGAAGAAGUGGAUUUGACUGAGUUCCGGCGAUUGAAAGCAUUGAAACAGAGACAGUACAGAGCAGAGAACCAGGUUCUGCUGAAGGAGAUUGAACGUCUUGAGGAGGAGAGGCUGGAGCUGAAACAGCGUAUCCGUGCCCUGGUGAAAGACAAAGGAAUUACAGUGAUCAACAGUUCACUGCUCGAAGAUGAUGCCGAAGAGGGGCCGAGCAGGUCCAUUAGGGAAAGACCAGGCUUCAGUUCUACUGAUGAGCAGGUCAAACAGAAAAAUGAGUACUUGCAGAGAGAACUGAACAGCAGAGAGAAAGAGCUGGAGCUGAAAAGAACAGAAUCCUCACAGUUCAAAGCCAAACUGAACGAGAUGCUGAAGGAAAAUAAGCAGCUGGAGCAGAGCAUGAAGGAGAUCCUGCAGGCCAUCCAAGAGGCGCAGAGCAAAACUCCUGCCCAAACCAGUGUCAGAAUUCCCAGCCUGGAGAGACUUGUCAGUGUUCUGGAAAUGAAGUACUCAGAAGGGAAGGCUGAUGUAAAUGCACAUCUGAGGGCACAGGUAGAUCAGCUGACUGGCAGGAAUGAAGAACUGAGGCAAGAAAUGAAGGCAGCUAGAGAGGAAACAGCCAGCACACUCACUCAGCUAAUGAAGGCCAAUGACAAGAUUGCACGCUUGGAGGGUGAGAUUGAGGCAGUAAGGCUGUCAGCUGGCACAGCUGUGCCUUAUAAGACUCUCUCAUUACCUAAGGAAAUGGCACCAACCAGUAUGCAAACCAUUAACUCUCUCAACGAAUAUAUAGUCCAACUGUUACAGGAGAUUAAGAACAAAGAAGAUUCCAGCAAGCAGCUCGGUCUGGCCUUGGAAGAAUAUAAGAGGAAAUCUGCCAUCAUCCGCCACCAACAAGGGUUACUGUAUAAAGAAUAUCAAAGUGAGAAGGAGUCUUGGCAGAAGGAGAGAGAUUCGUUUGCUGAAGUGAAGGCCAGAAUGGAGGAACAGAAGGAGGUGGAUGAAGUGAAGAUAAAAGAGUAUAAUAACUGGUUGGAGGCUCUGGAGAAGGACCCAGUUGAGAUCAGGAGGCAGGUGUCCGAGGCUGCCCGUAAGAUGACCGUGCUCAGAGUGAACGAGAAAUCCCUGACCCGCCGUUACACCACCCUGCUGGAGCAGGAGCAGCACCUGAAGAAGGAGAAUAACAAGCUGAAGGAUGACUUUGUCCAAAUGGAGGUUGCAGUCACUGAAAGGAUUGGCUAUCUUCAGAGAUUCAAGGAGAUGGCUGCAUUCAAAAUGGCAGCACUCCAGAAAGCUCUUGAUGACAGUGUUCCAUCAUCAGAGCUGGAGAGGGCAAACAAGCGGUAUAAUGAUCUUACAAUCAAAUACAGAGAUCUCCUUCAGAAGGACAAUCACCUUGUUCAGAGGAACACCAGUCUAGAACAUUUGGAGAAUGAAAAUGUUUCUCUCCGUGAGCACAUCAGUUACAUCAUCAAAGAGCUUGAAAUCACAAAAGAGAAGCUGCACAGUCUAGAGCAAGCCUGGGAACACAUCAAUGACAGUGGUGGAGAGAGCAGUAUGGACAAAGCAGCAAAGGCUCUGGCCAACAGUGAGAUUGUGUCCGUGUCCAAACGCAUCACCACUCUGGAGAUAAAGGAGCUGAACGAAAGGCAGAGAGCUCAGCAUGCUCAGAAGAUGUAUGAGCACCUGAGGAACUCUCUCAAACAAGUGGAGGAGCGCAACUUUGAGCUUGAGGCAAAGUUUGCUGAGAUGGCAAAGCAAAACAUGGAGGCCCAGCGAAUCGAGCGUGAGCUACGUGACGAACUCGCCAACAGUGUUAGUAAAGAAGUCAGUGAUGCAGACCGGCAACGCAUUGCAGAGCUGGAGAAAAGUGAAGCCCAGCUCAGGACUGAGGCAUCCAAGUUACGGGAGGUUUCAGAUGUGGCCAAAAUGCAGGUUUAUGCAUUGGAAGCCAGACAGCAAUGCCGAGGGAAGGAGGUGGAGAGUCUCAGAAGGCAGGUGCUCGAUUAUCAAGCUCAGUCUGAUGAGAAGGCUCUGAUAGCCAAGCUCCACCAGCACAUCGUGGCCCUUCAGCUGAGUGAGACAGCAGCCAUAAGCAAGCUGGAGGCCUCUACUGCCCGUCUGCAGAAGCUGGAGACGCAGAAGCUGAGGGCAGAGCAGCAGCUGGAUGCUCAGCAGCAGGCCCUGUGGCACGCACGACAGGAGGGGCGCCAGCGAGCCCGUUACCUCCGCCACGCCCUACAGGCCCUCCGCACACAGUUCUCUGGGGCACUGCCACUUGCCCAGCAGGAGAAGUUCUCCAACACCAUGCUGAAGUUGCAGGAGGACAGACUGAAGGCCAGAAAGGAGGCGCACAUGGCACAGGAGGAGCACAGGACAGCAGAGGGGAGGGUGCAGGAGCUGGAGCUCAGGCUAAAAGGUCUGGAGGAGCUUAUGGCAACACUGAAGGAUACCAAAGGAGCACAGAAGGUUAGUGAAUGGCAUAAAAAGCUGGAGGAAGCUCGUCUGCAGGAACUGAGGAAAAACAGGGAGCUGGGAGCUCUGAAAGAGGAGAUCAGGUACCUGAAGAACAUGGUGGCUGAGCAGGAGCACACCAUCAGCAGCCUGGAGGAAGAACUAGUGCAACAGAACAAUCUCCUGGAAGAGCGGCAGCUUUCUUGGGAUCAGAGGGAGGUGGAGCUGGAGCGGCAACUUGACGCCUAUGAGAAACAGCAGAGCCAAAUUAUUAGUUCCGCACAAAAGUUUGAAGAAGCAACAGGUUCUCUGCCAGAUCCAAGCCAGCCUCUUGCCCACCAACUGGACCAUGCACUGAGUAAAAUCAAGGAACACGUUCGCACCAUUUUGGAGACGCAAGCCACUUGCAAAACUCUGGAGGAGAAGCUGCAAGAGAAGACAGCAGCUCUGUGGCAGGCGGAGCAGAACGUGUUGGCCCGAGACCGGGUCAUCAAUGAGCUGCGGCUCCGCCUUCCAGCCGCUGCUGAGAGGGAGAGGCUCCUCGCUGACCUUAGCAAACAGGAGGACACAGACACCCAGCCUGCCCUGAAGAUCGCCCAUCAGACCAUCAGCAACCUGCAGUGCCGUCUGGACCAGAAAGAGGAGGUUCUGAAGAAGUACCAGAACCUUCUAGCCAAGGCUAGACAGGAGCAGGAGGAAACAGCAAAAAAGCAUGAGGAGGAAGUGAGGACCCUGCUCCAAAAGUUGGACCUACACACAGACACGUCUCUGGACCACUUCAAAAAGACUGCUCUGGAGCUAAUGAAGAAGCCCACCAUCUCUGUGCCAACCACGAAGCAGCUGGCGCGUCUGGCUGAAAUGGAGCAGACAGUGGCAGAACAGGACACAUCUCUAUCAUCCCUAACGCACAAGCUGAAGGUUCUGACUGCUGAACUGGACAAACAGAGACAGGCCACAGCUUCUCAGGCUAAAGAGCACGUGGCACAAUUAGCCAAGCUAGAGGAGAGGCAUUCUUCCCAGAUGAAGGCUCUGUCUCAGGAGGCAGAAGAGCUGAGAUCCCAGCUGUUCCAGAUGGAGAAAGAGCUACAGUACCUACGUACUGAGCUGGAGGCCCAGAAAGAGGCUAACGUGCGCUCACCAAGUAACACUAUGAAGAACCUGGUUGAGCGUCUGAAAGCCCAGCUGGCCCUCAAGGAGAAACAACAGAAGGCUCUCAGUAAGGCUCUGCUGGAGCUUCGUGCAGAGAUGACGUCCCACGCCGAGCAGCAGAUCAUUGCAAAUGCAGCCCAAAAGGAAGAGUCCCUUAACAUUCAGCAGAUUGUGGACAAGCAAACCAAAGAACUCAAGGCCCAUGUGAAGGAGCUGAGUGAGGAGUUACAGGGCUGGAAGGAGAAUGUGAGAGCGGCCAAAACUCGAGAGAGCUCUCUGAAGGAGGAGGUAGAGAACCUCAACAAGGAGCUGCAAAAGAGUCAGAAGAGCCAGAGCAGGCUGCAGAGUGAGAGGGACACUCUGGAAGAGCAGCUGGAGGAGCUCAAGCAGAAAGUCAAGAGACUCAGCAGUGGCUUGCAGGGUCAAGCUGAAAGUGAAGUUAAGGGCCCCUCUGUAGAGGCUCUGCAGAAGAAGAUCCGCAAGCUGGAGUCUGAGCUGGACAAGAAGAGUGUAUCAGAGCCUGCAGAAAGAAAGACCACGGUGAAGGAUGACAAGCAGUCCUCUAAAGAAGAACUGGUGAGGUGGGAGGAGGGUAAAAAGUGGCAGGCCAGGAUGGAGAAAGUCCGGAACAUUUUGAAAGAGAAGGAGAAAGAAACAGACUCCCUCUCCAGACAGCUGUCUACCCUGAAAGAGCUCUAUGGAAGGCUGGAGCAAGAGAAGGUGGGCCUGCAGAAGAAGCUGAAAAGUCGUGGAGUGACAGCUGAUCAGGUGGUAGGUGCACGGACUCUCGAGACUGACCAAGAGAUCGAGGCACUGAUGAAAAGGAACUGUGAGCUGGAGCAGCAGAUUGAAAUAAUUAAACAGCAACAGGCUUUACCUCGGGAUGCUGCGAUGGAGGACAUGAACAUCAGGAACCGCUAUCUGGAGGAGAGGCUUCAUUCUCUGGAGUCUCAGCUGGCAAAAGAGCCUCCAUCCAGACCUUCUACAUCCGGCAGGGGCUCUGGUACACCAUCACAGAAGGAGCACGAGCUACAGAAAGAGAACCUCAAACUGUCCACAGAGAACCUGGAGCUUCGCUUUCAGCUAGAGCAGGCCAACAAAGACCUGCCCCGUCUUAAGGAUCAGGUAUCUGACCUCAAAGAGAUGUGUAAUGUGCUGAAAAAGGAAAAAGCAGAGGUGGAAAAAAAGCUGGGGCAUGUCCGUGGGUCUGGACGGAGUGGAAAAACAGUCCCUGAGCUGGAGAAGACUAUUGCACUGAUGAAAAAGGUGGUGGAGAAGGUGCAAAAAGAGAAUGAGAGUCUGAAAAAGAGCUCGACCGCCGCGACACAAGAGCAGCUAACCACUCUGGAACGAGAACACGAGAAAUUAAAGGCUGAAUAUGACAAGAUGAAGGGGAAAAUGGAAGUUCAGCUGACAUCAAGACUUGAAUCAAAAACUAAAGGAAUGGAGAAAAUUGUGAUGGAAAAUGAGCGACUACGCAGGGAUAUCAAGAAGGAAUCUGAGACUGCAGAGAAGCUGAGAGUGGAAAAGGCCAGUCUGGAGGUAAAAAAUGAGAAGCUAAGGGCAGAGCUUGAGGAGACCAUCCAGAAGCUUCUGCUGGCUCAGUCCAAGGGGCCAUCGUUAGAGAGGGCAGAUAGCAAGAGCUGGAAAUCUACGGUCGUGACCAGGCUGUUUGAAAAUAAAAUGAAAGAGCUUGAGAGUGAACUCUCAAAGAAAAAUGCAAGUCUCUCAGAGCUUAAACUGCAGCUUACAGAGGCCUACGAGAAAGAGCAGAGAGCACAGCGUACCAUCAUACAGCUGAAGGAACAAGUAGAGCUCUUGAAAAAUAUCCCCAUAGGAGCAACUACCGAUGAGGGGCUUGCUGUGGAGUUUCAGUCUGUUAGACUCGCAAACAAUCAGCUGGAGCGUGAAAAGGCUCAGCUUCUUCAGCAGAUCAAGAAAUAUGAAGAGCAGUUUGGAACCAGCAUAACUGGACCAGGAUACAAAGAGCUUCAGGCCCAAAUAAAAGUAGCCAGUGCUGAAAAGAAUCAGCUGCAGGAUGAAGUGAGAAGGAUGACCAAAGAACUGGCAAACUUUGACCCAACGUUUUUUGAGGAGCUUGAAGAUCUGAAGUUCAAUUACAAUGUGGAAGUGAAGAAAAACAUCAUUCUGGAAGAACAGCUGAAAAAACUUUCAGAACGCUUUGGAGUACCAGUGGACAUCCCGACAGACGGAUCGCUCAGCUAACACAAAACAUGUGUACGGGAGGGUGCAAGUCUUAAAUUAUUUUAAAAGGCUCUAUUAAGACCAAACACAGUACACACAGUGUGUGGGGAUGACGACUUUGGAAUGUUUUCAUGAUUCAGUUAUUUUAAUGAGAAUUUUUUCGUGGAAGUAUAUUUAGGUACAUUGUAAAUUAGCCGUGCUUUUGUAACACAAAGAUUAGAGCGUGUUUUUCUCCAUGCUGGUUAUUUUGUGGCCUUAUUAAGUACCUACAAAAUGUGCUGUUUUACAUUUAGUAGCUCUGUUAUGUGUACAGUACUAUAAGUCAUCAGUGAAAUCUGACACAGUAAAGCUCAGAGACUGUCUGUAGCAAGUUUCCAGCUGUUUAAAUGCCUUUAUUACAACAGUUUCCAUGUAGGAUAUAUUUCAUAUUUUCACUUUUUUGUAAUCAGGUCAUUUAUUUACUUAUUUGUAGUGAUGGUGAUGUGCUGAAGAACUCAGACGUAUCAAAUAAAUUAUAUACAUUUU